AUGUCCGAAAAGGAAGCAAGGAGCCUACGACCACGCACCAAGGGCCCGCCUGCGCCCGCAGCCAACAUGGACACCCCUACCCCCUCGUCCGGUAAGACUACGUCCGGCGAGACUAAUACGUGGAGCAAGGGCACCAGUGGCAACCCGAAUACUACCGGUGGAAGCGAGUCGCACGAGAUCGCACAGGAAAACGUUAAAAUCCCGCCGCCGAAACAGACCGCGCCACCGCCGCCGCGGGCAGCCGUCGAACGUACUAGCAAACCAACCCCGCGCACUUUAGAGGUACCGCACGGUACCUACGCGCCAAUGUACCAUAAACCGCCGGAAUUACCUGCAUUCGGCGGAGAUAUCUCCGAAUGGAUAUCAUUUAGGGCAGAGUUCGAAGAUACGUCGCCCAUGUUUAGUGCCGUCAAUAACGUCAGUCGGAUUAGGCGCGCACUUAAGGGCGAAGCUCGGACGGCCGUAAAAUCAAUAAUGUACACGGUUCAGGAUCCGUACGAGAUAAUGGAAGCGUUGGAGCGGCAGUUCGGCGACCCUGAGGAGAUUGUUCUUACGGAAAUUCAUAACGUUAAACGCAUGCCGCGUUUAUCCGAAGACAAUUCGAAUAUAACCUCAUUCGCCGCGCAUGUAGCGAAUGCCGUCGCCACCAUUAGAUCCUUGCGUCAAGAGAAAUACUUGCACGCGCCUGAGCUCGUGAAUAAAAUCGUGGAUAAAUUGAAUCUGAUAGUGCGCUAUGAAUGGGCCAAAUACAGGCAGUCUAACGUAGAAUCACCCGGGUUAGUUGCGAUUUCCGAGUUUCUAAACGAAAUUAGCACUGCGGCCAAGCGCAUAAACCGACUUAAGCCGUCCAACCGAUCACGGAAUGCAGUGAACGCGGUUUCCUCUGCGCGCGAACCCGAAAGAUCGAGCCAAGCUCUCUCUAGGUCUCGCGACCCCGCGUUCUACCGUGAUACGUAUGAUAGUUCGCGAAAUGAACGAAAUGCGGUUUCCUCUGUGCGCGAGCCCAGUCGAUCGAGCCGCGCUCUCGCUGGCCCCCGCGCCCCCGCGUCCCUUCGCGACUAUAGUUCGGAAUCGGAAUCAGAUUACCACGAGUCAUACACACGUGAUACGGGAAAUAGAUCGCGUUCUAAUAAAUCGACCGUAGCUCAAGUAAAGCACCGCGAUGGCAAUUUAAAGAAAAAGCCAGCGUCCACCGGAGCUAAGCCCAAGCGACAGAUAUCGUCUGUCUCUUUCUCGCGCGAAGCGUGCGCCAUAUGCAACAACGGCAAAGAACACGAAGUUAAGGAGUGUUCGAAAUUUCUAGCCGCGACUGUAUCUGAGCGCUGGGACUUGGCAAAGGGAGCUAAAUUGUGCUUUAGGUGUCUAGGCGCGAAUCACCGUAAAUUUUUUGGAUGUAAAUAUGUCGCGUGUGGCAUGAAUCAGUGCGAAGCCGGGCAUAAUAGGCUAUUACACGGUUUAAGCGCGGCCGGGUCCGCGAACGGUAAUAGUGCGCCGGCAGCUCGCAAAGCAAUACUCAAUGUUAAACUGCCGCAGACGUAUCUCAAAAUCAUGCCAGUAGAGGUAUCGGGACCGUUAGGUACCGUCCAAACCCUCGCGCUACUCGAUGAGGGCGCGGCAAUGACGUUGAUGUUACAUGAAACUGCGGAUAGAAUCGCACCUCGUGUGCGCGGUGAAACAUUAGAGAUAGAAGGCAUAGGCGGUGUAGUACGGGACCCAGAUUCGUAUGCGUUACGAGUCGCAAUACGGGGUUUUUGUAGCCGACAUAUGGAAUUGAUGGAGACUUACACGGUUUGCGAUAUAGGUUUAGGAGCGCAGGGCGUACCGCGAGACUUGGUAGAUAAAUGCGAUCAUUUAUCUAAAAUCGCGGACGAAUUAAGUUACCCCCCCGCAGUACCUACUAUCGUGAUAGGCCAAGAUAACUGGCAUCUCAUCAUUAGUCGGCAAAUUAUAGACGGUCCGCCCAACCUCCCAGUCGCGAGUUUAACCAGGCUAGGAUGGGUUUUGCAUGGACCAGACCGUACGCGUCGCGCCGCGGUACAAUUGGUUGGGCACGCAAAGCCUAAUACCGCGGACGACGAGGCCUUACAACUUGUGAAACGGCAUUCUGAGGUAGAAUCAUUAGGCGUUUCGCAGAAGUUACCUAGGGCCGACCCCCACCAACGUGCGCUAGAUUUACUAGAAGCCACCUGCGAAAAGAUACCGGGGGAGCAAAGGUAUCGCUCGGGCUUACUUUGGCGGUCAAAUGACGAGAAACUCCCCAAUAACCAAGCGCAAGCAUUGCAACGGCCGUACAGUCUAGAACGAAAGCUAGACCACGAUGCGAAACUUAAAGCCGAAUAUGCAAAGUGUAUGUUGCUUGACAAAGGUUACGCGGAGAAAAUGGACUCGCCACCGCCCCCCGAGGCACCCCGGACGUGGCCUCUAGCGCAUUUCCCAACUUUUCACCCGCAACGCGGCAAAAUGCGAUUAGUUUGGGACACGGCCGCCACAGCUUGCGAACGUUCGCUUAACAGCGCGCUGUUGGCUGGCCCCGACCUGUUAAAGUCACUUUUUGGCGUAUUAAUGCGCUUCCGCGAAAGUAAAAUCGCGGUGUUAGCCGACGUCAAACAGAUGUUUUUACAGAUCGAAAUAAUAGAGCAAGAUCGCGAUACGUUACGUUUCGUUUGGCGGACAGGGAUCGAUUGGGACAGGCCUAUAUCCGUCUCCCUCGCACCCGCGUGGCGAUCGUUCAUUAAUAACGUACGGUUAGUUCGCGCCACCGCUGGUAGUCUGGUUGCCGCCGAGGUUUUCAAAGCCGUAUUGCUCGCUAAGAAAACGUAA